UCUGUUUCCUCUGAAGAUUGACACAGAAUGACCGAGGUCUACUGUAGCACAGGCGCCCUGACGUUCAAGGACGGGAACUUUAUCCUGGACGGGAAACCCCUGCGGAUCUUUAGCGGGACCAUGCACUACUUCCGGGUAGUUCCGGCCUACUGGAGGGACCGCUUCCGGAAGAUGAGGGCGUGUGGACUUAACACGGUGGAAACGUAUGUACCAUGGAACCUACACGAGGAGUAUCCGGGGGAGUUUAAUUAUUCCGGAAUUCUGGACGUCAGGGAGUUCAUCCGACAGGCGGGGGAGGAGGGGUUGUUUGUGAUCUUUAGACCAGGCCCCUACAUCUGUGCCGAGUGGGACUGGGGAGGAAUGCCCAGUUGGCUGCUAAAGGACCCUGACAUAAAGGUACGGAGCAACUAUCCACCUUACGUAGAGGCCGUCAGACGCUUCUAUAAUGAUCUGAUCCCCAGAAUCACCGACCUACAGCGUUCUAAUGGUGGACCAAUCAUAGCCGUGCAGGUAGAGAACGAGUUUGGUUCCUAUAGCACCGAGGUUGAUCACCUACACACCAUUAGAGAGAUCCUACUAAACAAUGGGAUUAAGGAACUCCUCUUGACGUCAGAGAAUAUAUUUGGAUUACAGAGAGCUCCAUUUUAUAAAUACGCCCUGCCCACCGCUAACUUCCCCUCCAUGGAAGACGGAAGCAAGCUGUUCCGGAUGAUCCGGGAAUGGAGUCCCGAAUUUCCUCUGAUGGUGAUGGAGUUUUGGCCCGGCUGGUUUGACCACUGGGGACAGCCCCACAAAGGACUAGAUAUCCCUGCUUUUGAGGCGUGUCUGUCGGGGGUGCUAGACGCCGGGGGGUCCUUCAACAUGUACAUGUUCCACGGAGGGACCAACUUCGGCUUUAUGGCGGGAGCAAACUACUUCGAGGGGUCCCACUAUAAACCUGACGUCACCAGCUAUGAUUAUGACGCGCCAUUGUCGGAAGCAGGGGACAUCACUCCAAAGUAUAUGAGAGCAAGAGAAAUUAUCUUAGAGAAAGGCCUGAAACCCCAGGGAAUAAUGUCUUUGCCAGAAAUUCCUCCUAAUUUACCAAAGAAAGCUUACGGUAAAAUAGCAGUAUCCCAGUAUUUAGAUUUCAGGACAGUUUUAUCUCUAAUGACCCCAAUAACGUCUACAGAACCGGCGUUAAUGGAGAACCUUGACUACCACCAGGGCUAUGGCCAAUGUUUCGGUUAUAUCUUAUACCAGGCAGAGAUCCAGGCUGGAACGGAACUAUCGUUUACAGACAUACCCAAAGACAGAGCACAGGUUUUUGUCAAUGGGGAAGAGAAAGCCGUACUCGACUGGCUGAGUACAGACAAAAAGAUCAACAUAGGACAGGUCUCAGAUGGGAGCAGUUUAGAGAUCUUGGUGGAGAACCACGGGCGAGUGAAUUAUAUUGAGUAUGGUUCCAAUAGAUUAAACGAAGAGAGGAAAGGUAUUUGUGGAUCUGUAAAAUUGGAUGAAAAGGAAAUCAAGCAAUGGCGAAUUUUUCCGUUAGAUUUCAAAUCCAAAUUCCUUGACAGCCUUCAUCGUUGUUCCAAUUGGAAGUCACCUGUGGAGGGUGUGAGGGGACCUCUAGUUGCCAAGACAACGUUACAUGUAGAUUCUUCUCCAUGUGAUACUUUUCUUGAUAUGAAGGGUUGGAAUAAAGGCAUCGUGAUACUGAACAACUUUAACUUGGGAAGAUACUGGAAGGUCGGGCCCACGAGGACCAUGUAUAUUCCAGCCCCGCUGCUGAAACAGGGUCAAAAUGAGAUCCUAAUUUUUGAGCAGCACGGGUCAUGUGGUACUGUCAGUUUUAUUGAUGCCCCUCUGCUGGGAGAGAAAGUGGUCACUAAGGAAGUCGACUCUGCAUGCUACCCCACAGAGUCUGUAUAGGUAACCAACCCGACCAAACAGAGUCUGCUUCGCGAACCCGACCUCAUGAGUCUGAUUAAAUACCCUGACAGGAGGGGGUUGAAUGAUAAAAAAGAAAAAAAGUGUGGUAUUUAACGAAUUGUUUGAAAUGUUGUUUAUCAACAUUUUGCAUCGAAUGUCUGUAUAAUAUGAUCAAAUGAAUAUUUGCUGCAUGUUAACAUUUAGAAUGAUGAAAUAUCGCAUUCAUUGAAUUGAGUACAUUUAAUGUAUGAUGUGUUAGCUACAUGUAGUAGUAUUUUGAUUACAGAUUGAGCACAAUAUACUGAGUAAUAAAGAAGUAGGGGAACAAAAGAAAGCCAGGCUAGAAUUGUAAUUUUGUUAUUUAAAAUACCGGUACGUAAAUCUGAAUUUUUCUGAAGGAUGCAAAGUUUUGCAGUAAAGCCUCCAUUGCCAAAAAAAAAAAAAAACAAUCGCAAAGUAUACAUUAGAAAAAGUCCAUUAGAACCCCUUUUUAAAGACCCUCUGUAGAGCCCAGACCUGUAUAUACAAGUAUCUUCAGUAAUUUUAAUAGCGUUAAAAAGAUAACAUCGCAUGUACACCAAAACAUGUACGUUUAAGACACUCAAUCGAUUUGGUUGAAUAUAGUAUCGGGCUCUUGUUCACAGAUAGUGAGUUCGAAUCUUCGAGGGGGCUUUUGUUCACAUUUUAUAAAUUAAAAUUUUCAAAAUAAUUUUUCAUCCAAAUUUUUGCACAUUUUUUGCCUAUUAUUUGAUUAAUUUUCUUACCAAUCAUGCAUUAUGUAAUAAUCGAGUAAUUUUCUGCUGAUUUGAUAAACUAUUUCAUGGUGAAGUGAGUCUCAUUAAGUUCCACACCUUGCAUGUGAUUUUGAGAACUUGCCAGGUUACAUCGGUACAGGUACACACUACAUUGCUAGGUACUGAUAUUCCUCAAAGUUGGAAUGAUUAAAUGCUUUUUAUCGUAAUAAAUUCUCUUAAAUGCAACUGUUACAAUACUUUACAUGGCUUAUCUUGAGACUGCAUGUGUGUACUAUAGAUGUAUUUGUUUUGAUUGCAAAGACUCUGGAUCAUUUAAACAAUAAAAUAUCUUGUUUUGUGAUUCAUGCAAGAUAUGAAGGUGGCGACAUUGCAGAAAAAUAUAAGUCGCGAAAGCUUGUUAUGUUCAUUUCUUCCGUACUAAUCGCUAUCGUUGCAUUUAUAAUCGAUACCGUUUACUAAUUUUACUUGUUUUGUAAUUUCUCUGUUGAACUAUAUUUAAAAAAUUAUGAAAGAC